AUGACAGAAGAUGAGGUGUACCAACCAAGGUUGUGGUAUUAUAGCGAAAUGCUUUUCCUCGUAAACUCUACUGAGGUAACAACAACGGAGGGUUCAAUACGAAAGACUGCGGAAACCGGGGAAAAUCAGCCAACAAGAUCUACAACAAACUCUCGCAAGAAGCAUAAAACAUCCCAUCAUGACAAAUUUAUGACUUUGGCUUCUAAUAAUUUUAAAACACCAGAUGCUGAUGCUGAUAUUAUCGCAAAAAGUUGGGUUAUUAAACUCAAUAGAUUAGUUCCUGAUCAACGCCGGUUUGCCGAAAAAAUUAUAAACGAUGUCCUUUUUGAAGGAGAAAUGGGAAACUUAACGCGAGAUGGAGUUAUUUUUAAAUCAGCUACUUCAAAUACUCAAGAAAAUUAG